CCACCUACGAAUCCUACACCUGCCCCCGCUGCUCCCUCCCCUUCCCAACCUCCUCCGACCUCCAAACCCAUCUCCUCUCCCCCUCCUCCCUUUGUGACUCAGUCGCAGCAGGCGAUGUCUGCAUCGUAUGCGGUAUGAAAACAGACUCUCCAAGCCUACAGAAAGCGCAUUAUGCGCAUCAUCUCAGAUUGGAGGGUGGGGUGUUUGAGAGAGUUGGGAUUGGGCAUGUUGGAAGACAGGAUCCUGGGGUGCCGGGGUUGGCGGGUGAGGCGGGGAGGAUGAAGGCCGGGGCUAGUGGGAUGGGGGUGUUGAGAAUGACGAGGAAGGAUGUGAAUAAGGAGAAGGCGGACAAGGAGAGGGCGGAGGCAAAGGAGAAGGAUAAGGCUAUAGCGAAGGAAAGGGAGAGGGAGAAGGAGAGGAAUAAGACGAGCCCGAGCACGACGAGACACAAGAGUGGGGAGAGACCAAAACAGCCCGAGCCAACGACACCUCUCUUGGUUAAAACCUUGUCGCAGACGCCGAGCCUAUCACCUACCGCUGUUCGAACGCCUGGCACUGGCGCCACGAACUCCAGUAUGAUCGACCCAGCGUUGAUGGCUAUGAACGCACCGCCAAACCCUCCGCAUCCUCCACAACAUCCGUCCGGUGUCCAUUCCGACCCAUCGCACCCCGCCAUGAUAUACAUCCCCGGCUCAGGAAGCUGGUACGUUCUCCCGUCUUCAUCCCCAACUGGGCAAAUCUACAAUGGACCCCUGCCGACGUCGCAGAAUCCUCUGCCUUCGCAGCCUGCGCCGGCUGUUGGAGCGGAUGGACGGGUCCCAAAUCCUAUUCAGAGGGUCCGGCCGCCCGGGAGUAUGACGGGUGCUUUUUCGUUGUCGAUGUCGAUGUCGCCGCCGGGGCCAUCACCGUUGCCUACGCCGCCGAGUUCGGUUACCGCGUUGCCUGCUGCGUCCACGGUUGGACCGGCACCCGCAUCUGCACCUGCUCCGGUGUUUGCACCGUCACAGCAAGCGGAAGCACCGAGGCUGUCGCAGUCGCCUGUGACAUUGGUGGUGACGGAAGAUCCACGAGCGUCAGGAAAAUCUAUGGCAGACGCGACGCCGACACCGAAGCACCCAAACUCUCACCGUCUCAAGCCUCCUGCACCCAAGUCAGUACCCGCACCGGCACCGGCACCGGCACCUUCGUAUCAAGGGUAUCAGGGACAGGCGUGGGGCGCAUCACAGUUGCAGUCGCCAGUAGCCAUGUACCAACCUCUACCGCCAUAUGCGCACCUUCCACAAUCACUCCAACAACCACCACCGCCUAGUCCAAGACUACCCCCGGGUCCAAGACACCCCACCCCAACAUGGUCCACGUUUCAACAACUCGAACUCAUGGAAUGGGUUGCGCAGGAUGAGAAAGAACGGUGGAGACGCGCGAGUCAUCGGUUUGGGAGGAGUGUUGAGGAGUGUGUGCGGGAGGCUGAGGCGAUUGGGUAUAAGGUGUUUAAGUUGGGGCCGAGCAAUGGGGGUGGGAGGUGAAUUAAGUGAGGAAGAGCAAGGGUUAGUGGAGAU